UCUUAAGCCGAAAACGCGAACCAAUCAUGCCGGCUGCGCCAAAUUCAACAUUGACUUGUCGCCUUCACACCACAUCAUGAAUUCUUGGGCACCUCUGGCCCCUUCCAAGGCAGGAUCAUCAUCAGCCUCAUCUUGGGCAUCGGUACUUAAGCCUGCCAAGCAUGCAGCCCAGACUGCGACGUCAGGUCCACUGAUAGGCCGAUACCCAGAAUCCAUCGUGCUCCGCAUAGUCCACCAUCUUCCCAUACCUGAUUUGCCCAACGUCGCGAGAUGCAAUCGGGCUCUGGCAAAACUUGUUAGAGAUGAAAGAAUAUGGGAGAAACGAUGCAAGCUGCUGGGAUUGGACGUGGACCAAGGGGGCGAGCCGUCUCAAAUAGCCGUCGAGAAGUCCGCACAAGCUCCUCGGCGUCAAGGGUCUCUGCGGAGGUCGAUUGAAGAAGACUAUGGAGACUUCUCAAACGGAGACUUUGAAGAUGUAGAUUUCGGAGACUUUUCUGCUGGAGUGACGACCAAGGCGAAAGAGAUGAGUCUUCUGGACUUUGACGAGGUCCCCCUACCCUCUCGUCCGGCUGCCAAUGGAAAUAAUCGAGCGUCUGGCUUCUUUGCAUUCAAUCCAAAACCGAUGAAAGGCACUUUUGGACCCUAUUAUCUCGCCUACAAGCAGCAUCAUCUAUCUCUCAUCCCCUUGUGCGUUCAUCUCCGAUCGUCGCCCUCUCCAAGCUCCACACUAGCGCUUCUCUUCCCUAAUGCCACCACGCUGUCCGCUCAGUCCGACAUGCUUUUAUCACUACUCCUUUUCUUAUGCCCCCGACUACAACCAUUACACGACUGGGGGUUUCUCCGACAAGCACUACUUGCCGCCGCGGACCGCUUCGACUCCACUUGCUUGGUAGCUUUUGAAGUUGCAGACAACAAAGGCAACGAAGAUGACAUGCGGCUUGCAGCGGAAAGUAGCUGGAAAGUGUGGGACGCGGGAGGAGGCAGUCGAGAUCAGUGGGAAUGUGGACGUGUCUGGGUGGAGAAACGAGAAGUGUUCUAUGAGACCGGGAAGUGGGACGCCUUGGAGAACAUAGUUAAAACGACGUCGCCAGCUGGUGAGCCGGUGCGGCAACUGGAUUUCACUCCCAUGGACGCAUUCAUGUCCCAUGUGCUAGAGACUUUCCGCUUGGACGCCCAAAAGGCUACUCGUGUUUUUCCCCUCGGGGCGAGAGUUGUCGUCUCCUUUUGUGACCGAGUUGCGAACGAUGUCAUUGGCGAGUAUGUUCAGGCCCUGCUGUCGCAAACACGUAUAGUCUCUCCGGAGCUUUUUUUACAGGCCAGUGCCGCAGCCUUCGUUCAGUCUUGGAAGUUAGUGGACGUAACCAUGGAGGUCCUCGGAGACAAAUCUCUCUCAAUCCAAGUGGAGGAUGUCAUCUACAAAAUGUUUGAGGUCAACAUUGACGAAUACCUCGACGAGGAAACAGAGUCGGUCAAACGCUCGCUCGACUCCAUUUGCAGAAUGUGGGACACGCAGCGAGGCGCGGACGCGAGUAUGGGGGAAGGCCCGACGUUCCUCAAUGCCUCAAAUCCAGAUCAAGUCAAGAAGAAUGUCCUUGCCGGGUUCCGAGAUGUUCUGCUCUUGCCGGUCACGAUUGUCCCUCGUACCGUCACAUACGGAGUGCACGCAAUUGUCUCGGGCGGCUCGCAUGCUGUCAAUGGCUUAUCGAUGUUGAAUCCGCAGAAGUGGAGUGGUUCUGAAGUGAAGCAGCAGGUGGUUUUCGAAGAGAAGGAUGAGCUUCCUCCUCCGCCACCAAUCGGAGAAAAAGUCAGAGACGAGGCAGACUCCUCUUUCGAUCGUCUACAGCUUCUAGUCUCUCUGGACACUGCGCUCGAGCUUAUUCAUGCGGAUCGAGAUUCGCUCAAGCGUUGCGAGACAUUUGCCAAUUACCCAGGUAAAGCCGGUCAUCGAGUGCGGGAGACUAUCGAGGAGAUCUUCAUUCUUCUCCUGAAGGCCGUCGGAGAUAGGCACAUCGCCCCGGGGUUCAAAGUCGCCUCUCAACAGAUGAGCUCCUACAAGCCGGCUGCAGAAACGACGAGUGUGGCGCCCCUCUUGCAAUUCUUCGAGCUGGUCCACGUUGGAGACACUAUCCAGUCUAUGGUACAGGUUUACUUUGACAAAGACUUGGCCAAGUAUGUGGACAAGACUGACUUUCUGAAUGCCGUGAUGAGGGAGAAGAAGAGGUUCGAGACCGUAUUGGACGAUGCCGUGGCUGGCGGUCUCAAUGCCGGUAUCGAGGUCUUGAUGAAUCAGGUUGAGCACAUCAUCCAGGUCAAGACGGGUCCUCGAGAAUACUAUCCAACUGAGGGAACUCCGCUCGAGCUCGGACCGACAGAGGGCUGUCGAGAGGCAAUUGCGUGUCUUGAAAUGCACUGCAACCUGCUCAGGGGAAGCACGUCUAAGGAGGUCCUCGAGGUAUUCUACCAAGAAGUCGGGAUACGUCUCCAGGCCAUCCUCCAACGGCAUCUCAAACGUCAAAUUAUCUCGCUCGAAGGCGGAUUCCAGAUCAUUGCCGAUUUGAAUGCCUAUCAUGCUUUCAUCACCUCUCUCAAGCAGCCUCGGAUCACUGAGGACUUUGCCAACUUGAAGAUGUUAGGCCACGUCUACAUCGUGUCUGACGGCAAGGAUCUGGCUCAGAUCGUCCGUGACGUAACGCGAUACGGGGGAACUUUCAGACCCGAAGACAUUUACGAGUUCAUCCAACGACGGAGCGAUUGGAAGAAGAUUGAAAAGACUGUGGACAAGGCCAUGUACUCGCUAUCUGUCCGUGACGAUUGUGUAGUCAUGUAGCGUAUGCCUCGUUUUCCGGAGACAAGAUCGGCGAAAUCCCGAAGCCAUCUCCGUUUAUAACCGUCGAGCCUUGAAUAUCCUUGUUUAUCCG